CUGGGCUUCGAGGACGUGAUCGCCGAGCCCGAGCUCACCCACUCCUUCGACAAGGUGUGGAUCUGCAGCCACGCGCUGUUCGAGCUCAGCAAGUACGUGCUGUACAAGCUGCUGAGCCUGCUGCUCGCCGUCCCGCUGGCCCUGGUGUUGGGGAUCGUCUUCGCGGUGCUCAGCUGCCUGCACAUUUGGAUUGUGGUGCCUUUUGUGAGAACCUGUCUCAUGGUCUUGCCUUCAGUGCAGACCAUAUGGAAGAGCCUGACAGAUGUUUUCGUUGCACCGUUCUUUCACAGCGUAGGCCGAUGCUUUGCCAUGGUUAAUAUACGUCUGGAUCAAGAGUAACUGUCAGGGUUGCAACACUGCUGUAAUUGUAGAUGGUGUUAUACCUCUUUCUAAUGUAACAUGCAAGCACUUACCAUUCAUUCCAACCUGUUAAGAUGAUAAUGGCUGGUUAAGUGGGAACAUGCUAUUAUUCUAAAACUCAUUUAUUUUCAGGGAAUGAAUUUAAUACUAAGUAGGCAGUUUUCAUAUCUAACUAUUUUAACAGCAGAAUAAAUGUGGAGUAUGUUGGCAACACUUUAUUUUAAUGGUACGUUGAUUGUUGGAUUACAGAAAAAAUCUCUUAAAGGUCUAAUUGCCACCAUUGUGAUAACUAUUGGCAUUAUUAUAAGAAAUAUUUAAAUUAGUAGGCUGAGAUACUCUGGGUGAGAAUGAUCUCUAGGGUUUCAAAUUGAUUUCACUGCAAUUCCUACAGGGAUCGUUUUUGGCUCUCACUAUGCUAAAUGAUAGAUGCAGUCCAUUAUUAUCUGCAUUUAAAAAGAAGGGCACGAUGCAUAAGCAUACAGAGAAGUUAACUCUUCCAUAAUUCUCCUGUAUUGGGGAAAAAGCUCCCUAGAAGGUUAUCCCUUAAAAUAAGGUGUUACCUAAUGAUUUGAACUAUCAGCUAACCUGUAUAUUUUAUUUAAUAAGAGGUUAACUUUGCUGUAUAUUUUGUACCUUUGUAAAUGGCACUUGGUGAGCUUUCUUUGAAGCAUUAUUUCUAUAGUAUUUGAACUCUAAUAAACUUACUAGGCAGCAAGGGUGAGAAACUGCAAAAAAAAAUAACUUAAACUAAAAUUUCAAUGUAUAAAUCAUGCAGAUUUUUAAGUGUUGCUGUGCAAUUCUAGGAUAUCCAUUAUAUAUAUAGUUGUAUGCAAAAGAAAAGAGUAUAAGAUUUUUAAUACAAGACUAUGCAAAAGAGCUGGAAAUUCCUGUUUAUGAGAAGUGGUUUUUUUUAUUAAAAAAGGACAGUAGUAAAUGCAACCCUGCCUAUUUCUGUGUGUUAUCUGUAUGGACAUUGCAAUAUUUAAAAUGAUGGAUGCUAUGCUGGCACUUUAACUAAGUAACAAGCUAUUAAAUAAGUCAAGUGGGUGUCAUUGGUAUCCUUGUCUAACUCCUUGUCUACUGACUUGACUCUCUGUGUUGCUUAUUGCUACUUUAAAGCCUAACCCAUAACAAAGCCCUUUUUCUGUCUGCACCUAAUACAGCUUGUAAAGCAGAGUAACAGAACAUAUGCAGAGGUACAUUGAAGUUACAUUAGCCUUCUAAUGAGUUUAUGCUGCUGUUUUUUCCUGCCGUUGUAAAUGUUUGUAUGAUUUAGAAUUUUAUUUUCUAAAAUGGUGUCACAGAUUUCUUAUCAAAAAGGGUAUAUAAUAAAAUAAUAAAAAAUCAGCUUUUUCCAAUUGUCAACUUUAUUUUUUCAGGUUUUUCAAAUUUUUAAAAAGCUCUUAAAAUGCUGAACAGUGUGGAAUACUUCCAGAACGUGAGAGAGGGAAAAAAGUGGAUAAGCAUCAGUACUGUUCUGCUAUUAGCCACUGUAUUUAAUUUAUAGAGGAAAAUUAUGUAUCUCUUUGUGUCAAAUUAUGCCCGGACAGAAUGUAUUUUUUUCAGGUCUUUUGGUGAAGAAUUUUGGCUGCAUCCCCCAAGUUUAAUUCUUUUUAAGGGUGCAUGCUUUAUUUACAAAUGAGCUGCAGAAUUUCCUUACUUAUUGGCCUGCAGGAGCUAGCUAACACUGCAUAUUUUUUGCACACUAAGAACAUCUUUCUACUUUAAGAACUUCUUUUCUAUUUGUCACAGUUAGAGAGGGAUUCGUAUGGCUUUUGAAAACUGGACCCUACUGACUAGUACACACCAAGACUUCUGUGGAGUUUGGUCUUCUUGCAGAAGUUAGCUUAUUCUUCAGGUGUGUUCUUACCUUUCUUCUGUUAAAACUGAAGUAUUUGUUCUGAAAAUAAAGAUUGAUCAGGCCA